GUUUAAAUUCCCCGCCACACACCGACAAACCCAAGUUCCCAACUGUUGUUCCAGAAGCCCUGGGUUACUGUCACAGAUCGUCAAGAUGGCCAACCUUCCUCCUGUUUACAUCGUCUCCGCCGCGAGGACUCCAGUAGGGAGCUUCCUCGGAAGCCUCUCCAGCCUCAGCGCAACCCAGUUGGGCUCACACGCGAUCAAGGCUGCCGUUGAGCGUGUCCCCCAGAUCAAGCCCGAGGAUGUGGAAGAGGUGUUCUUUGGCAAUGUUCUGUCGGCCAAUCUCGGCCAGGCUCCUGCCCGACAGUGUGCCCUUGGUGCUGGACUCUCAGAGGCUGUCGUCUGCACAACGGUCAACAAGGUGUGUGCGUCUGGCAUGAAGGCCAUCAUCCUCGGUGCCCAGACCAUUAUGACUGGCAAUGCGUCCAUUGUCGUCGCCGGCGGCACGGAGAGCAUGUCCAACACACCACACUACCUCCCGAACCUCCGCACCGGUGCCAAGUACGGCGACGCCUCGCUCGUUGACGGCGUGCAGAAGGAUGGGCUCCGAGAUGCCUACGGCGAAAAGGAGCUCAUGGGAAUGCAGGGCGAGCUCUGCAGCCAGGAGCACGGCCUGACCCGCGAGAUGCAAGACGAGUACGCCAUCAAGACAUAUCAGAAGGCCCAGGCCUCAACGGAGGCUGGCCUCUUCACCGAGAUUGCACCUAUUGAGGUUCCCGGCGGCCGGGGCAAGCCUCCCAUCAAUAUCGAUCGGGAUGAGGAGGUGAAGAACCUUAACAUCGACAAGCUGAAGACGGUCCGUCCCGUCUUCAUCCCCAACGGCGGCACCGUCACGGCUGCCAACGCGGCUCCCAUCAACGACGGCGCUGCUGCCGUAGUGCUCGUUUCCGAGGCCAAACUCAAGGAACUGGGCAUUAAGCCGCUGGCCAAGAUCCUGGGUUGGGCCGAUGCGGCGCGGGAUCCGCCUCGCUUCACCACUGCUCCGGCGCUCGCCAUCCCCAAGGCCAUCAAGCACGCCGGCUUGACGGAGAAGGAUGUUGAGUACUACGAGAUCAACGAGGCUUUCUCGGUAGUCGCGUUGGCCAACAUCAAGCUGCUCAACCUUGACCCGGAGAGGGUCAAUGUGUUCGGUGGCUCGGUCGCUAUCGGCCACCCGCUAGGUGCCUCGGGCGCCCGCAUUGUCACGACUUUAACGUCCGUGCUGCGGGAAAAGAAGGCCAAGAUUGGCGUCGCGGGUAUCUGCAAUGGCGGUGGCGGCGCUUCGGCUUUGGUUAUUGAGAACCUGCAGUGA